AUGGGUUCCGCCUGCUCCACCUGCCUUGGUCGAAGGAAAUCAGACGAUUCUGAGCACACUCGUCUUCUUACCACACACAAUGAGCACCAUCUUUACACCUCUGGGGGAGCUUUCAUGUCUCCAUCCGCCCCACACGGCGCGCAUGCCCCAGUAGACCCACAGACGCUUCUUCAUGAGCGUGAAUAUCUUGAUCGCCUCGUGGCGCAGACAUCGGAAAACCUUAUCGAUAUCUUCGCGCCUCCAAUGCUAACACACUCAUCCUCUUCUGCCACGCCAAAUAGUCGUGGUGAGUGGUAUCGCUCUGUCUUGAGAAAGACAGAACCGCCACAACAAGGGCCCGAAAUGCCUGUUGUGUUGGACCCAGCUGUUGUGGGCGCAAAGGAAAGAGAGUGGUUGGAUAGUAUCCUGAAGGGAGGAGAAGAAGCUGUGAAGGAAGUUGGGAGAGUCAAAGGUGUGGGGAAAUUGGUGGUUGGCCUGGAACUUGAUGGGUGA